UCAGUUCCAAACUGGAAGACAAAUCUCAAAAGUUCUAGAGUUCAGUCUGAAAACUUUGCUUACUGGUUUCAUGCAGCAAGAGUGGUUCGUGUAUGGAGUGAAUUGGAAAGCCAAAGCAGUACCUGGAGAAAGUUCUGAGCACACCAUGUGCCCAGUAUCUAAAGGGCCGACGAAUUAGAUCUUGUCUCUGUCGCUAACAGACUACCACAUGGUGACACGGUGGAGGGAUCUGUGAGAUUCCUGGCAAUCUGCGAAAACGAGUAUGUGUCUUUUCUCCUUCCUCUGUCUGGUUUUUCUAUUCCCGUUUAGUUUAGUUGAGGAAUUUCUCGGUAAAAUUAUUCUUCCUGGUUCACGAGGCUGUAGGAAUUUCUGACAUUCCCAUCGCAGAUUAUUACUUGGGUAAGCUGCUGCUCUCUGUCCCCGAGCUGGUCUUUGUUCUUAUCUUAGCGAGUUGCUGAUGAAAUAUUUGUUUCUGAUGAUGGUUUUUGUAGUUAUGGCCUUGUUGCUUGCUGUCUUCUGUAGAUUCCACCGUGUUCCGCGGGAGCUGUGGUGAAGAUCGGUCGUCUGACACGGAUUGACUGAGGAAAUCCCGUUUUAUGCGAUGGAGCCUUAGGCGGGGACGGUAACAGGCUCCCUUCCAAUGUGCUGGAAUAGAAAAAAUGGCAUUGGAACAUGCGCACGUUAUUGCCGGCCACUGCCGAGAAACAGACGCGGACGAAACAAGGCUGGAGCGUGUAUGAACACAAGCGUUCACGGCCACGCUAGAGGAAAGAAAAGACGGCUUACCAUCUCUUGUCCUGGGAAGCGAGCUUAAGAAGCUACGGCAAAGCUAGCUGAUGCCCGCGCUCAAUGAUCUUCGUGUCUCAAGUUUAGCAUCCACGAAGCACAAGUCGACAAGCUCUGAUCAAUCUAAAAGAGAGCUACAUAUAUUUUUUUUCCCGCGCUGCUCAGCCAGGGCCAGUAUACGACCAUAUAUACGUUGUCUUUCCCGUGCCCGCGUACUCGGACAGAGAAUCGGACCAUGUGAGGAACAUAACCAUCAUGCGAUCAUCGCUACAGGAAACCCGAGCCUCGAAAGCAUAAUCUGAGACAAAAACUCGUCUAUACUAUACUUGGGUGGAGCGUAGCUCCAGUACAGGUCUCUAAAGUUCGGAGCCUGUAGGCGGUAGCCCGUGCCUGCUGGAAGAACAAAGAAAAAGCAUUUCGAAAGCUCAGCUAUGGUGGGAUACGUACCGGCACAAGCAGUUCAAUCUAGCAGAAUCGAUCACGGAGAGGAACCCAUAGUGGUUUUGGAUGACGGCUUUGGAGAUAAUGGAGAUUCUGCACCACAGGGAGAAGAGGAAGAGGAAUCGGAGGCUCAGGACGUGAGCUCGGACAAGUCUCUAUACAGUUGCAGCACAGCGAGUUUGAUCGAAGGUGAGUCGAGAAGUAUGCUGAGCAGCAGGAUGAAGUCACCUCUGGCACAAGUUGGGCCUCAAUCCGUCUUCGACUUUGGGAGUUCGCCGAGAUGGACACCCAGUGGAAGUCCCAAGGGAUUAUGCGACAGUCUGAUGGCCUCUCCAUCUCCAACUGCCAUGAAGUGGCUCGCAAGUCCCGGAUUGGGAUUUCAGCAAGGCAAUGGCACUGAAGCAUGCUGGGAAUUUUCGAGCUUUCCACCUCUCCGGAGUUUGAGUGGCUCUCUCUUGGCAUCGUCGACGUCGGCCCCAAUUCCCGGCCUUGCGGAGGACUCGAGCAGGAAUUCUAGUCCUCCCUGGACGAUGAAAAACACCACCACCAACACUGAGCCGCUGGAGCUUCGGCAACAACCGCAGCAUCAGUCCGAGAACUCACUCAUAGCAGCAGACGUGCAAAGCAUGGAUCAAAGCUCUGUUGCAGCCUGGCUUGACUCGAUAGCCAACGAUCUCCUCCACACCAUGCCUGGAGUUUCCAUCGAACACAUCAUGCAGCUCCUCCUGGAGAACCUCUCCCACUGCAAUCCUCACGUCGGGAGCGUCAUCAAGUCGAAACUCUACGGCCUGGACAAGCCAUCCACCUCGAUGUUAAACAACAGCAGCAUGGAGAUUUCGAUGCUCACCUCGUCCUCGUCGUCGGUUGGUGCUGCUCACAUCCAGACAACAGACGCUCUCAGGCCAGACGUUCUGAAGCUUUCUCUCGAUUCGUCCUCGUCUUCACCGUCCGAGAACACAAAUUUCUCAGCUGCUGCUGCUGCCAACCAGUUCGAGCUUCACAGGAAUUUACAGGAUCAAGGGAAUGUCAUCAAGCCGCCUGCGCCAACAGUCGCGGCUCCGAGCAGUAGCACUGCUGCUGCUACCUCGGACGACGAAGGCUUGCAGCUCCUGGCUCUUCUGCUUCAGUGCGCCGAGGCGGUCUCGGCGGACAACUUCGAAGAGGCCAACGCUCUCCUCCCGCAACUUAGCGAGCUCACGUCGCCGUAUGGGAACUCGGUGGAGAGGAUGGCGGCCUACUUCUCGGAAGCCAUGAACGCCCGGAUGGUGAACUCGUGCCUGGGAGUGUAUGCGCCUCUCAUUCCGGAGAUGCACAAAGUCUCGAGCAAGAACACCAUCGCAGCGUUCCAGGUGUUCAACUCGCUCUGCCCGCUGGUGAAAUUCUCGCACUUCACAGCAAACCAGGCAAUCCUCGAGGCUCUCGAUGGCGAAGACAGCGUCCAUAUCCUCGACUUGGACGUGAUGCAGGGGCUACAGUGGCCGGCUCUGUUCCACAUCCUCGCUUCCAGGCCCCGGGGUCCGCCGAGAGUCCGGCUCACAGGCCUUGGAGCGUGCUCGGACACUCUAGAGCAAACCGGGAAGAGGCUGUCCGAGUUCGCAGCGUCGCUGGGACUCCCGUUCGAGUUCCACGGCGUGGCUGACAAGAUCGGGAACUUGGAUCCUCUCAAGCUGGGGGUCCGCAGGAACGAAGCUCUGGCCGUGCACUGCCUCCACCACUCGCUCUACGACAUCACUGGCUCCGACGUGAAAGCUCUGGCGCUCCUCCGCCAGCUCCGGCCCAAGAUCAUCACCACGGUGGAGCAGGACUUGAGCCACUCGGGCUCGUUUCUACACCGGUUCGUGGAGGCGCUACACUACUACUCGGCGCUCUUCGACUCGCUGGGGGCGAGCCUGCCCGAGGACAACACCGAGCGGCACGUCGUGGAGCAGCAGCUACUCUCGUGCGAGAUCAAGAACAUCCUGGCGGUCGGGGGGCCGGCCCGGACUGGCGAGGAGAAGUUUGGGAGCUGGAGGGAGGAGUUCCAGGGAGCGGGCUUUCGAGCGGUGGCGCUCGGGGGAAAUGCGUCCGCGCAGGCGAGCUUGCUGUUGGGGAUGUUCCCGUGCGAAGGAUUCGCGCUUGUCGAGGAUGGCGAGCUUCUCAAGCUCGCCUGGAAGGAUAUGUGCCUCUUGACGGCCUCGGCGUGGAGCUCCUCGUAAAGCGCGAAAGAAAAGAACCAACCAACGGUCGUUUCAUGGCGACGGGAAAGUUUUGGAGACAGGACUCGAGCUCCGGACCGGUCGGAGGCGGAAUAUUCGUACCAUUUAAAAAAGUUUGGAGCUUGGAAGCAAGAACAGGGAGGCGUUUUAUUUUUCUUGCUGGGGGUUUUAUUUCUUCUCGAAGCUGUGGAGAUGAUGACCCCAAUCUGCUAUGGCAUUCGUGGAGCCAAGCAUCGCUCCGGUGUUCUUUCGGGAAUGAGUUCCAGUUCCAGUA